CUCCCUAAUAUAUAUACAUUCUCUCAUCUUUGUCUACAGCUGUGUAAUCUGUAUCCAAUUCGCUCAUAGUACUCUCGUCUAUUUGAUUCUCUCUUUCAAUGGCUGGAGGAAUGCCCUUUCCUGCAGGACUUGCAGCUCUGAUUGUUUUUGUGCUCCUACUCCAUCAAACUUGCACUGCCAAGGAUACAAGUCAGGUCUGUGUUCCUUCUUCCUGCGGCAAUAUCCACAACAUAAGCCAUCCGUUUCGAUUACAAGGCGAUCCACCAAAUUGUGGCGACUCAAGGUAUAGCCUGUCAUGCGAGAACAACCAAACGUUGCUGUACUUAUUUUCUGGAAUAUACUACGUCAAGGCAAUCGAUUACAACAACCUCACAAUCCGAGUUGUUGACCCUGGCAUUAAUCUUGAAGAUGACUACUCCUUCAUCCCUCGUUAUUUUUUAAGUCUGACAAAUUUCAGUUUAAAGGUUCCAUAUGUCCCAAGUGUUCCACACUAUUUAGGCUACGAUGAAGUCAGGCUUUUGUCAGCCAAUGUGGUUUUCUUGAAGUGUGAAAAGCCAGUGAAUUCUACUGACUAUUUGGACGUUUCUACUUGUUCUGAUAACGGAUCCUACUCUUCCAACUCUUCUUUGUCCCAUUCCAAGAGGUAUAGAUAUGUUCUAUUUCUUGACGCGAUCAAAGCAGAGUAUGUGGAGAACUUGUGCCAAGUAGAGCAGAUAAUGACUCUGUCAUCGUCGCCACUUUCAUAUCAGGCCGUCCCAAGAAAAAUUUCCUGUACGGACUUCCACAAUGAAUUGGUGGAAUAUGGUUUUGAGUUGUCAUUCGCACAAAACUGUGGCUGCAACAAUGGUGAACGUUGUUCCCUCAGUGACUCAGGCGUUGUUCAGUGCCACUCUCAAAAUGGAAUCCUUGGCGCACUAACAACUAUUAUCAACAGACUAACACCCAACUUGAUCAGACAAAGAGUCGAUGAUCAGAUACUACCAAAUUCUGGAUAUAGAGUUUCUUUGAUCAGAUUAUUGUUGAUAACGAGCAUCGAUACUGGACUGUACCUUGCAGCAAAAAGUAUGUUCUGGACUCCAUUCGUGAUUGCAUUCUUGAUUUAUAAAUGGCAUAGGAGACAUUUAUCAAUGUAUGACACGGUUGAAGAAUUUCUACAAAGUCAAAAUAACCUUAUGCCAAUACGGUACUCUUAUUCAGAAAUUUGUAAGAUGACCAAAAGUUUCAAGGAAGAAUUAGGUGAAGGAGGCUUUGGUACUGUAUUUAAAGGAACACUUCGAAGUGGCCAACUUGUAGCUGUAAAGAUGUUAAGUAAAUCCAAUGCUAAUGGACAGGAUUUUAUCAACGAGGUUGCAACAAUUGGAAGGAUUCACCAUGUUAAUGUAGUGAAACUCAUUGGUUUUUGUGUUGAAAGAUCAAAGCGGGCUCUUGUAUAUGAGUUCAUGUCUAAUGGGUCUCUCAAUAAAUAUAUUUUUUCACAAGAAGGAAGUAUCCUCCUGAGCUAUGAGAAAAUACGUGAUGUUGCUCUAGGAGUGGCUCGCGGGAUUGAAUAUUUACAUCGAGGUUGUGAUAUGCAGAUCUUGCAUUUUGAUAUCAAGCCUCACAACAUUCUUUUAGAUGAGGAUUUCACUCCCAAAGUUUCUGAUUUUGGCCUUGCAAAAUUGUAUCCAGCAGAUGACAACAUUGUUUCUUUGACUUCUGCAAGAGGGACAUUAGGAUACAUGGCUCCCGAGUUGUACUACAAAAACAUUGGAGGCAUUUCAUACAAAGCUGAUGUUUAUAGUUUUGGAAUGUUAUUGAUGGAAAUGGCUAGUAGAAGAAAGAACUUGAAUACUUUUGCUGAGCAUUCAAGUCAAACUUACUUCCCUACUUGGGCUUAUGAUCAGUUCUGCAAUGGAAAGGAUGUAGAACUGGAAGGUACCACGGAAGAGGACAAAAAAAUAGGCAAAACAAUGAUCAUAGUUGCAUUAUGGUGUAUACAGAUGAAUCCUAAUAAUCGUCCUUCUAUGAAUAAAGUGGUAGAAAUGCUUGAAGGAGAAGUUGACUGCUUACAAAUGCCUUCCAAGCCUUUCUUAUCAUCAUCAUCAGCAUCAUCAUUAUCAUUAUAUAAACAAGUAGAUAUGGAGGAUAGUUCAACCCAAACAUGGUCAUCAAUCCGAUCAAGUGAACCAAGUGCCUUUGAUCAAGCAUAGAUGCAGAUUAAUUGACUCGCUCAUACUUGACAAAUGGAUUGAAUCUUGGGUUGAGAAAUGAGAAGGUGAACUUGAGUUACCAUUGGUGGCAUUAUUGCUGUUGUAUUGAUGUGCAAAUCACUAGAACCAACACCUUCCAAGCUUGGAAUUUCAAAGAGAAUUGCUGUUGUUGUACUGAUGUCCACAAAACCGCGAGAAUCAACAUCUUCCAAACUUAGAAUUUCAUCUGAACCAUCCUGCAAUCACAGCACCAAUCCAUUUCAGUUGAUAUAUUAGUGACUAAUUCAGCAAUUACCCUAGCCAAACAUAAGAAAAUCCUACUUCAAAAAUGGAAAACCAUAAGAUAACCUUUAAUGGCUGGAAUACCAUAAAAUGGUACGUACAGCCGUAAGCCAUAAAAACACCUCUGCAAUGUCAACCAGUGGACAUAGAGGAGAGUAUAGCUGCACAGAUACUGUGAAAAGGCAACCAUUUUAUAUUUUUUUUAACGUGAUAUGAUGAAUGAUGCUCCUUCAGCUCUCCUUUACUUCUACUCAACUUUAAAUUAUGCAGAUGUUGUCACUAAUGUUAUCUACUCUUUGCAGAACUUCUCUAUACAAUUGGAAAUGGAGACGUUCAUUGGGUUGAUAUAGAGUUUUGAUAGUAAAUAGUGCUGAUAUCUGUGUCUAUGAUUAUGCUUUUGGCAAAUAUAUUCAGAGAGAUUAAUCAAGCAGCAAAUUUCAUACCCCUUAGCCAAACUGGGAGAUUGAAGUGGUGCUACUAGUGAUUAUGUCACUUCGCUGGAUCUUUCCAGAGAGCAAUGGAUUAUUGAUAGUGAUUCAGAGAGCAUGUUUGCCUUUUAUUAAUUUCUUACACUAAGUUUUAUGUAUUGGCUUGAUCACAAGUACUCUUCGGAGUUUAUAUUGAGUCUUAAUUUUUU